GAAUUCGGCAGGUGGCGCUCUGGGUACACUCAAUGUGUGUAGUUUUGUGCAGUAUAACUAUACUUAAAAACCAUCACUUGAUAAUUUAUAUCGUCGCUACCCUACGAAGAGUAGCACAUUUCAGAAUUAGCACGAAGUACUAGUACGUUUCUAACACUAGCACAUUUCACGGCUCAAAUUAAUCUUCUUUGUAGUGAUACUCGAUAAUAAUAACCCUCCUACUCCGUGUAUGCUGGAAAUUACAACAUCAACGAUCAGCUGAUGUAUAGACAAACACAUGACGAAUUCGGUGCGUCAUUUUUUCAUUUCAUUCAUCUCGCGAACGACGGUUGAUGAAUGCAAAUAAGCAAAGUGUCUUCUGAAACAAGGUCGGAAAGAUUACCUUGACAACAAUAAUGGCAUCGAGAUUUAGCGGCGCGCUGCAGCUAACAAAUUUGGAUGAUUUCAUCACUCCUUCACAGGAAUGCAUCAAACCCGUGGAAAUCAAGAAGAAUAAGUCGAAACCUGGUUCGAAAAUAAAAAUCCAGGACGAUGGAUCGUAUGCUGAAGUUUUGGAGGGUGGCCCAUUGACUAAGUUGACCAAAGUAGAGAUUACUUUGGCAGAUUGCUUGGCCUGCAGUGGAUGCAUAACUUCCGCUGAGAGCGUACUUGUCACUCAGCAAAGUCAGGAGGAGCUUCUUAAAGUAUUCAAGGACAAGAUAGAAAAGCAAAAGGCAGGUGAUGAGAAUGUGAAAUUCAUUGUGGUGAGCCUAUCAAUCCAACCAAUUCUAUCAUUGGCUGAACGGUAUAAAUUAACACCUGAAGAAGCUGCUUUACAUUUAACUGGAUACUUCAAGAGUAUGGGUGCUGAUAUGGUUUUGGACAUGACAGUUGCAGAAGAUCUUUCGCUUGUGGAGUCUGCUAAGGAAUUCGUUGAAAGAUACAAAGCAGCUAAGGAGGGAUCAAAGAACCAAUUGCCGAUGCUGGCAUCUUCCUGCCCAGGAUGGGUGUGCUAUGCCGAAAAGACACAUGGUAAUUUUAUACUUCCAUACAUAAGUGUCACAAAAUCUCCACAACAAAUAAUGGGUUCUUUAGUCAAAUAUCAUUUGGCUGAUGUGCAAGGCCUUUCUCCUGAACAGGUUUAUCAUGUAACUCUAAUGCCUUGUUAUGAUAAGAAACUUGAAGCAUCAAGAGAAGACUUUUAUAACAGUUUAAAAGAGACUAGAGACGUGGAUUGUGUUAUUACCUCAAUUGAGCUGGAGCAGAUGCUAACACAGCAAGACAAGUCACUACAAGAUUUUGAUAAAGGAGAGAUUGAGAAACCAUUCAAAACAAUGGAGUUGGAAAACAGUGGUGUACUAUUAGGUCAUCAAGGAUCUGGUUCAGGUGGAUAUGCAGAUUUCAUAUUUCACUAUGCUGCAAAAUAUUUGUUCCAAGUAACCGAUGCCAAGUUAGAAUACAAGAGCUUGAGAAAUCCCGACUUCCAGGAAGCAGUCUUGGAAAAAGAUGGCCAAGUUCUUCUAAAAUUUGCUAUUGCCAAUGGCUUCAGAAACAUACAAAAUCUUGUACAAAAGUUGAAACGCGGCAAAAGUCCCUAUGACUAUGUUGAAGUAAUGGCAUGCCCCACAGGCUGCUUAAAUGGUGGUGCUCAGAUAAGGCCACAGGAUGGUACGCAACCAAGGGAAUUGGCUUUAAAACUUGAAAAUGAGUAUCAUCAGCUCCCUAAAAGUGAUCCUGAAAAAAAUCAGGCUGUAGCAGAUUUAUAUAAAACUUGGCUUGAAGGAGAAAAUUCGGAUAAAGCUAAUGCGUAUCUUCAUACACAGUAUCAUGAAAUAGAAAAAAUGAAUGUUGCCCUCUCCAUAAAAUGGUAGUUACUUGAUCAGUUUUUUACCUUAGGUAUGUACUUAUCGCGCUGUAUAUAUGUAUUAAAAAAGUUAUUUAAAUAAAAUUUUGGGUAAAAAAUAAUAAAAUUCUGUAAAUAUAUCACAUAAUAUAUAUUAUCAAUAAAGAUAUUUACAAAUAA